AUGGUUGAUGUUAAAGAUAUUUGUCCAUGUAAACAGUAUGAAGAAAAGACAUCCGUAGAAGACGGGUGUGACAGAGGCGCUCAUCUUAAUGAUCGCCCAAGAGACAUUCCUUUAGGAUCUCAGACAUCAGAAUAUUAUCACAUUGAUGAAAAUCUACCAGAUCGCUUCAAUAAUCCUGAUAAAUUUGAAGGCUAUGAGGGUCGCAAAUUCAAUCCAUUAUAUAGAACUACAAACUCUGAGUAUGGGAGACUAAGACCAAACGUUCACACCAUGAAUGUAGUGUAUCACAACAAAAAACAGGAUUUUUCUAAGCUGGAAAUUACAGGAAUCAUUCUCUUAACACUGGUCCUGAUCAUAAGUACAUAUGACAUUCAUUUGCCUCUACGAAUGCAGCACUCCUGA